AUGCAGGACGACGACAACAUAGACUGGCACGCCUUCCUCAAAGAUUCCGUCCUAACCGACGACGACUCCACCACCACUACCACCAACCCCGAGCCGCCGCUCGUCCUCCGCAAGCACAGCCCGGAACUCACCUCCUGGCUGCUCGAAGAGUCCAUCUGCCGCUCGCUCAUGCCGUCGCAUUACCGGCACCAUCCCAGCCACAAAGACAGGAUGCGGCUGCCGCACGCCAGGUUCGCCCGCGCCAACGACCUGCGCCGCACCGUGUCCAUCUGCUGCGCCCGCGAGCGCAUCUUCAGCGACGACGACCGCGACACCAUCCCCGUCCCGAUGGGCACGCCGUGGCCCCCCGGCGCGACGGGCCGCCUGCGCCACCCGCCCCGGAUCCGCCCCGGCGCCAAGGGGCUGAGGGCCGUCGGCUUCGACGUGCCGCGGAACUAUGCGGGGAAGAAGAAGGUGUGGAGCUACAGCGAGUGGUUUGUGCCCGAGCCGACGCGCCUGGGCAGGGAGGUGUGGACGAUUGACGAGGGAGCGCGUGGGGGGAUCAGGGUGGACGAGGGAGAAAGGGACGAGGAUGUAGUGAUGGGUGGGACUGAUGAAAAUGGGACGGAUGCGCAAGAGGGCGUCGCGGUCGACGGGGAGUUUGACAUCCCAUUCCCACCUCUGACACGGUCGCCGGGGCCGAGUUACCAUGGCCCGCUGAGGGAGUAUGCCGGAUCACCGACGCUUUCGCUGCCUUCGAUGGAGAUUAUACAGGAAGAAAUGUGGCUGGACACGACGCCAAUGCUGCCUACGCCAAUGGAUCUAGAUUCUGCGGUUGAAUGGGCCAGCAACGACAACGACGACGACGACGACGACGACGACGAUGAGGCCAACGAGCGCGCAGACAGGAAAGAAAAUAAGACCGACAUCACAUACUAUGCCUACUCAAAUGCCGAUGACAACGAGUUCGAUAUGAGCAAGUUUUGA